CAGUCGCCCAUUUGGGCUCUUCGCCAUCUGUCAGGAACAUGGCUCGCCAAAACUCUUCGCCAUUAUUGCUUGGAAUCAGCCGAAUAGGCUCUCCAUUUUCCGUGUUCGGAAUGGGGUACUUGGAGUCUUCAAUCUCCAUGCGGUCGUUUGCGCAUCUUGACCUGUCCGUCUUGGCCUUUGAAUUCGGCCACUUUGACUUCUUGCUUUCUCUUCAAGGACUCGUUUGCCUUGGUUUCUCGACUUCGCACACUGGCCAAGCUAGGUUCCCUUACACUGAGCUUACCCUCACCACGGGUAUGUCGGUCUUGAGCAUGACCAACCUCGACAGCGCGGUGUUUGUAAGGAGCUUCGCACGGUUCGAUUUGGCGUUUUUCAUCAUGGAUCUUUCACAAGCGGGCUCACCCAUGUCUUUACAAAGCCUAUCUCGAAUGGGACCUGCCACGUCAUCGUUUGGAAGGAGUCGAUUUUCAUCCUCCAUUUCGGCCUUUGACUUCAGUCAUCUUGGCUUUUCUAUGUCGCUAAGAGCCUUCACUCAGCUCGGUUCCAAUUUGUCCAUCAACGGGGGCACGAAGUUGCUGUUCAACACCGACCAGAAGGUUAUCCACCUUGGCGCUGCAACAAGCAACACGUAUGUCUACUACGACACUGCAGCGGCAAACCAGAAAGUCGGCUUUUACUUCAACAACUUUGAGGCCAUUUUGAUGGAAGACAAUCCAAGAGGACAGCUACAUGGCACUUGGGUGGCAGAUGCCGGGUACACCGAAUCGGAUCGAAGACUGAAAAAGGACAUCAAGCCUUUGAGAAGGACGUUAGCAGAGUUCCAGGCUGAGAAAGUUGAGGCUAGAACCAUCCGAGGCGAAUCUAGCGCCGAGGAUGGUGCCUUGUGGACACUCCGGCAACUUCGACCAGUGUCCUAUUACUUCAAACAGGGCUCUGAGUCCAAGUACAUGCGAUUCGGUUUCAUCGCCGACGAGCUCGAGAGUGUGGUGCCCAACCUGGUGAGAGCAAGUGGCGAUUCGAAGUCAGGUCUGCAGGAUGCCAAGGGCAUUCAGAUCAACGAUAUCAUCGCUCUCUUGACCGCAGCUGGGCAAAGCCAACAGCAAGUCAUUGAUUCUCAGGAAAGGCUGAUGGAUCAGGUCGAGGCAGAGUUCGAAGCCUUCAAAGCAGAGCUGAAAGUGCUGAACCAGCUCAAGGAGAAGAAGAGGCAGGCGAACCGUGCCUUAGCCUGUGGUGCAACGCGCAAAAAACGCCGCCGCCCUUGGUGGCGCUGAGCGAUGAGCGAUGCUACGCAGCCUCGUUGAGCGGCUGGAGCAGAGAGCUGCAGCUCCGGCCGCGACGCCCGCUGUUCGCACCACACGGAGCCACUCGGAACUCGGGGCGGCCAAAAAGACCUCGGGAAAUCCACGUAGAAUAUUAUGACAAUCUAUGACACGUAGAAUACAUUAGAGCUCACAUGACUUUGCACAUGACUUUGCACGUGUCAUAGUUGUCUUAAGGAAAAAUAUGUUCAUCUAUUUUGAAAUGACAAAUUGAUGCAUGCAUUGCGAAGAAGCAACAUCAAGGUUUGUGGAUUUCCGGCGUCUCUUUGGUAGAUGGUCUUGGAUGUUUCGGUACAAAGUAUACAAAACUGCGAAACAUCGCCCCAACCAAAAACAACCAAAGAUGACAUUGGAAGGCAAAUCCGAACACUUCAGGCCUAAUGGCUACAUGAGACCUUGCAGAAAGUCGUAUCAAAGUUUUACGACCGAAGCAUCAGCUUUGGGAAGGUCAGAUAUGUCACGAAAUUAUUGGAAAUAUGUUAUAGUAAUUUUGACCUUUCCUUAAGCACCUUACGCCAGGGUAUCCGAGUGACUCUGUUGGAAUUCUUUGAAUUCAAACGCGCGCCUCAUUUUUGCGCUAAAA